AUGUCUUACAAAUCAUCAUAUUUUCGAUGUCUUGAACAUCGAUUAUCAACAUUACAUGAAGAUAUGGAUGAUCAAGAAGCAAUAAAUAUUCUGAAUAAUGAACUAUCUAAAGAACAAUUAAAAUCACUUCUUCAACAUGGAAAUACAACAUCAUUUAUUUUUUCAAUUAAAAACCGUAUUGGUGGUUUAGCACGAGUUCUCCAAGUCUUCCAGGAGCAUAACAUAAAUGUUGUUCAUAUUGAAUCUCGUCGUUCUCAUCGUACAAAUUCUGAAUAUGAAAUCUAUGUUGAUUUGGAAGCUGACAAGGCUAAUGUUGAACAAUCAAUGAAAGAAUUGAAAAGACAAGUUUCAUGUGUUGAAUUUGAUCCAAGUAUUCUUUUUGAACCAAAAGAAAAUUUGAAUAAUGACAAUGAAAAUCAUAAUACAAAGAAUCACACAGGUACAAAUGGAAAUGAUGAUUUUAAUUUUUUACCAUUAUCGCCGUUUCUUGAUCAAAAUGGCCAAGCAAUAGGACGUCAUAGUAAGUAA